CACAACGCACGCGGACGUGCGCGAUACGUGAUUUAAAUAUGGCAGCCACGGCGGACUCGUCGCGGCUCACGUUCGGAGGAAAUAAGACGAGGGACAUUUUCGCUCUAUUGUGCAAAGCGAAGAGAGGGAAGAAGAAGAUGAAGAAGAAAGAAUUGUCACAAGUCGAUCAUAGCCGAGGAAAGGAACACGAGAAGAAAGUGAAGCUCCGUCCUCCUCAUCCUCACGAGUACCAUCGUCAUCCUCACAACUUGAGCGCGGGUGAGCGUGUCCUGUCUGGCAGCCAUCGUCAUCAUCAUCAUUCUCCUCCUCCUCCUCAUCAUCAUCAUCCUCACAAUUUCACCAAGAAGAAUCCGCGUCCUCCUCCUCUCCCUCCUCAUGCUGGUGCUGCUGCUGCUGCGCCGAGGAAGCUGCAUGAGCAUCUUCCCAAGCAAGGACGCUUGUCUUCCGAACCAACUCAUCUCUUCACUUUUCCGCCUCCCAAAAAACCCGAGUCCAAAGAUCCAACGAGGGACGUUCUCUUGAAGAUGAAACUCAAGAAGGAAAAUGCAUACACGAACAUGAGGCUCGCUCGUGUAAAGAACACGGGGUCCAGGUCCCACAAAGUGAAUAGGGCAUCUCUGACACUGGAGGAAUACAUCCGAAAGAAGGAAAAGAAGAAGCACCGUGAAAAGGAGCGCAGCGCCAAGAAGAUGAGCAACAAAGCUGUUCAAACGAUGUGUUCGCAAUCGGGACUGGGUCCGCAAGAUCCGGCUGCGUGUGGCAGCAUCAAGCAAGAACAUCAUUGCCAGCCUAGCAGAGAGGCUCCAAACCUCAGGCAUCUUGACCUCCAUUCUCUCGCCCCCUUUCUGUCUCAUCAAGACCAACACAUCCGCAGGUCCUUCCUGCGAACGGGCAGCUCCUAUGGUCGCUUUAUGCACGAGGAAAGGCAAGCCAAUGGCGGUGCGUCGGUCCUGCACGCCUACGCCGACGAGCUGGUCUCUCUCAGUCCAUCUCAGCUGGAGUGCUUUUCCCAGGAAUUUCUCCAGUUGGCUUUUGCCGAGAAACACAAGGGUGCGGCCUCUUACGCCUUGGCAGUGGUGCAUAGUGCGGCCGCCUACCUGCCCGACUUCCUCGACUACUUUGCCUGUAACUUUCCCAAUACACCGGUCAAAAUGGAGAUCCUGGGCAAGAAAGACAUUGAAACGACAACAAUUGAGAACUUUUACUUUCAGGUGAACCGCACGUACAGUUCCGGAACUUACCGGGCCGGACCCAUGAGGCAGAUCAGCCUGGUGGGAGCCGUGGAUGAGGAAGUGGGAGACUAUUUCCCACAAUUCCUAGACAUGUUGGAGGAAUCGCCAUUUCUGAAGAUGACCCUUCCUUGGGGAAGCCUCUCCAGUCUGAAGUUGGACUGUCGCUCUCAGAGCGACGAUGGGCCCAUUAUGUGGGUGCGACCUGGGGAACAAAUGGUGCCGACGGCGGAUGGGCCCAAUUCAACUUUGAAACGUCGCAGGUCCAUGAAUGAGAUAAAAAAUCUCAACUACCUGCCAAGAGCGAGCGAGCCCAGAGAGGUUCUGUUUGAGGACCGCACCAAGGCCCAUGCUGACCACGUGGGUCAGAGUUCUGACUGGCAAAGCACGGCUGCUGUGGGGGUGCUGAAGGCCGUGCACUUUGGAGAACGGAAUAAUCAACCUCGUGUAACCAAAGAUGUCGUAUGUUUCCACGCGGGUGACUUUCAUAGAGUUGUGAAACAACUGCAGCUGGAUCUUUGCGAGCCUCCAGUAUCUCAGUGUGGACAGUGGCUGGAUGAUGCCAAGCUCAACCAAUUGAGAAGAGAAGGCAUCCGCUACAUUCGCUCCCAGCUGUGUGACAACGACAUUUACUUCAUCCCAAGGAACGUCAUCCACCAGUUCAAGACGGUGUCAGCGGUCUGCAGCCUGGCCUGGCACAUCCGCCUCAUACAUUACCACAAGGGAGAGCGAGGCGAGGACUCAGAAGAGGAGCUGAGACCCAGCAAUGUUAACCCCCUUUCAGGCCAUGUCUCCUCUACCCACCACUCUUGCCUAAAGUCAGCUGGGUUGAGCGCCAGCUCGAGAAAUUUCACUUGAUUCUGGUAGUUACAUGGUUUACUUUACAUUUAUAAAUGAACCUACAAUCUAUUCUCUGAUUUGUUGCUUCAGGAUUGCUCCAUGAAGUCACUGAUCACCGUAAUUUUCCGCCUACAGAGCGCACCUGAUUAUAAGCCUCACCCGGUACAUUUGGAAAGGAAAUGCCAUUUGGUUGGUACAUACAUAAGCUGCACCUGUGUAAAAGCCGCAAGUGUGCACAUUGAAACCCACGUUGAAACGCAAGAUAUUUACAAAGAAAGAAGGUACGCAGAGUUUUCAAAGUUUUAAUACCUUAGCUUAACAUAGCAACAACACCGGAGCAUGAACUGGGCUGGUAAAAAAAAAAAAAAAAAGAAACAUAACAGUAAAAAAAAAAAAAAAUGCUGCGGCAGCUACACAGCAGCAACACGGUUGGACAGCACUCGCAGGGCCGAUUAAAAACAUACCUAAAUCAGUGAGAUGUGGCAGUAACACAGCAGCAGCGUGCUAGCACGGCGCUAACAUUAGCGCGGGACUAACAGGGCUAACAGUUAAAAAAAAAACAUACUGGUAAAAAUCACUGAGACACGGCAGUAACACAGCAGCAACAGGCUACCACAGCACUAACAGGGGCGUUUAAAAAAAACAUACCGGUAAAAAUCACUUCCUCGGCACAUAUAUUCCACCGGUGUCACUCUUACCUUUUCCGGUCGCGUGCCCCCCUUGUGGCCGUGAGAAAAAAAUGCACAGAUUAGCCGCAUCACCGCAUAGGCUGCGGGGUUGAAAGCGUGUGAAAAAAGUUGCGGCUUAUAGGCCGGAAAUUAUUAUAUUGUAGUAGUUAAUUCACCUGAUUUCCAUGCAGGCAGCGUGAGUUCAACUCCCAUGCAGUAACAGUGUGAACGUCUGCUGUAUAUGUACUCUGUUAUUGAGUAGCGACUUGUCCAGGGCGUAGUUAGUUUUCGCCCAAAUUAUACUGGGAUUGGUUCCAGUUCCUGAAUAAGAUGUACGGAAUAUGGAUGGGAAGUAGGUUCGCGCAAUCUCCGAAGCCAUCUGACUGACAGACGUCAGAUAAUGUUGAAUAAUGAAUAUUCAAAAGAACUUUGAGAUGGAUAGAUACGUGGUUAUUUAUUAUAGACUAGUACUCAAUGUAAUUUAUACUUGCCGUUUUAUACUUUUUAAACUGUACUGAUAUUUGAUCUGUUAUUUAUUGUCUUUUAUAGUUCGAAAUAAAUUAAUGAAAAAUGUAUGUACCGUUAUAGCCAAUGACUAUGAAUUUGUACUUGUGCCAACUUAGACUCAGUAGGAGGGAGAAUGUUUUUAUUUUACUCGAUGCACAGAUCUACUGUAGCUUCAAUGUUUGGAUUUUUUCCCAUUGUG